CAUUGCUCUAAUGAUGCUCCCUCUGCUGUCCUGUCAGCUGCUUCUCUAUUCGCUGAUUUUUCAGUCAUGCUGCAGCAGAUGGAUAUAAUUGUGGGUCAUUAUAAACAGAAUUAUAGUGCGUCGAGACUUUGCACAACAAUGUUUUAUCGACUGCUAACUACGAGUGAAAAUUAGCACAUUAGCAUAUCGGUUAGCGGCGUAAACACAGUCGAGUGUAUGUGACGGUGGACAAACACCUCACUGACGCUCAUUAAAGGCAGCUGGAGAGAGAAGGGGCUGUGAUGGUAGAGGAUGCGACCCUCAUGAAGGGCCGGGUGACGGUGUACUCUGUGCCAGGCUGUCCACACUGCAUACGGGCCAAAACCACUUUGGGUGCGUUAGGUGUUCCCGUGUGCGACGUGGAUGUGAACAAACACCGAGAUAUAAGAGCACGAGUGAAGGAGCUCACAGGCCACAAUUCUGUACCCCAGAUAUUCUUCAAUAACCUUUAUGUUGGAAACAACGAGGACCUCCAGAACCUGGUGUGUUCACAGGACCCUGAGUGGCUUGAACAUCUCGUCCUGUCUGUAAGAGAUGAAGCAGUGCCUCUGGAUGCUCCGCCUGUGCCUGCUAAAAACUGCAGAUCUGAGACUGAUGGAGCAGGGUGUGAACUCUCAGAGGCACUGAGGAAUCUGAUCCUGAAACUUUACUCCGAUCACCUCUCUGAAGAUGGCAAAACAGUUGAUUACAAGGCAAUGUCCCGGAGCUUGUACUUCGAGCGCUACUGUGAUCUAGCUGUCAGACUUCAGCGUGUGGAGCUGCUGUCUCUGAGUCGAGAAGAGAAACUGGCCUUCUUUAUCAACAUCUACAAUGCCCUUGUCAUCCACGGGAACCUGCGUCUAGGCUUUCCCAAAAACAUAUGGCAAAGGUAUCGGUUCUUCAACUACGUGAGCUACUUCAUUGGUGGUGAGGUAUUCACACUGCAGGAUAUUGAGAAUGGAGUGCUUCGAGGAAAUCGAAAAGGUGUGGGACAAUUCUUGAAACCCUUCUCCAGUGAUGACCCACGAUUGCAGGUGGCGCUUCCUGACGUCGAGCCUCUCAUUCAUUUUGCACUGAAUUGUGGCGCUAAGGGCUGUCCUCCGAUUAAAACAUACACUCCAGAGGACAUUGAUGGUCAGUUGCGCACUGCAGCUGAAGCUUUUCUGGAAAAUGAUGACAGCUGUGUGAUUGACAGCACAGGACGAGAAGUGAAGCUCAGCCAUAUCUUUAAGUGGUACAAGGGGGACUUUGGAGGCACUGAUGAAAAGGUGCUGAACUGGGUGUUUGACCACAUGAGAGCAUCGCAGAAGAAGAGGAAACUACAGGCUCUGCUGUCAACAGGAAAGGUCAAAGUGAGCUUUCUGCCCUAUGACUGGUCUAUAAACAGCACAGACUGAUCUAAAGCACAUUUUCACGAUCGCUCUGACUCAUCGCAGCCACUGUGCAUUUCAAUUGAACACACGCAGCGAUCUCAAAACAAAAGUGCGCCCUGAAACUAUGCAUUCAGAUCCCUUUACCUUUCAUCCACCUCCCAAAAGGGCAACGUGAUACUGUAGCCUGAUAUUUCUGACAAAGGUUUAUUUCUAUAACUUUCAAAAUUGUAUUGCAGCGUUUGCACUGGUUGUUAUGCAAUUACGUUUUAAAUACUCUCCUACCAGGAUGUCCUCUUGAAUAAACAUGAUUUAUUUAAAUGAUCUAACAUGUAAUAAUGGUUGGGACAUUUAACUAGGGAUGGAUAUCGUUAAGGUUUUAACGGUAUUACUACUUUUAUUGAUACCACUUAUCGGUUAGGUACAUUAACAGUUCUUUUAUCUGUACUUUUUGUAAUGUUUUUUUUUUUUUUAUAAAACAAAACAAAACAAAUUGAAUAGAAUUAACAACACUUUGUUUUAUUAUUAUUUUUUCAUGUAAAAUAAAAUGAAACCAAUAAUUGUAAAACAAAUAUUGACGUAAAAAAAAAGUUAAUAAAUUUUUUCCUGUAAAAGAAUGUACAGUGGUUUAAAGGAAAAUUACUCAGUAUUUAACCAUUCUUCUGGAAAAAAAUCAACAUGUUUGUCUUUUCUGGCAGAAGUCGGUACCUUUCUUGGUUUAUUGUGCUCCCUGCAGUUGAAAAUAAUCUCUUUGAGUUACAAAAUGGAGUUAAAUAAGAUAAUGUUUAUGAUUUUUCAUUAACGCAUUCACAUAAAUGAGUUAACUGAGUUUUGGGAGUUAACUGUGUUUUUAAUACAGUUUUGGAGCUUCUUGCAAUGUAAAAAUAAGCUUCCUUAAUAAGCAUAGUUUAUUAUUAGGCUAUUCAUAUGCUAUAUUUGUAAAUACAGCUGAUGUAAAAGUAUUUAUAAUGUUUAGGAUUUAUUUAGGCUACUGCAGAAAAAAAAUACUGUUUUCAUUGUAAUCAAAUGUGUGUGUUUAUUAAACUAUUAAUAUUGUACUAAUUUAGGUGAUUGACUGCUGGGAUAACGAUGUGGAUGAUGUAACAUUACCGUUAGUAGCUAGGCAGUCAAAAACUUUUCAUUUCUCUUCUCUGCAGUUAAUGUACUUUUAAAAGAUACUUUCACUUAGCCAGAUUGCUUGCAUUUCCGCUUAUACAAGAAAACAACAUGUUGCUUUUGUUGCAAUGGGCAUUGUCGCUGUCCACUCAGGAAAUACAACCCGUUUGGUUCACUCUGCAAGCUUACGAGCUGUGUGUGCGCAAGUCUGUGUCACAAGCUAUGUGUGUGGUCGCAAGCCUCUGCUGAGUGCACACACAGCCGGGAACAGUGAAGGCUUUUAUAUUUGACGCGCUCGCCGGAAACUUAAGCAUUUAUCAUAUGAGAUUGCCAACUGUGCAGACGAGGUUGGUCAGUUAAAUUAUGCAACUAGGUAAUGUUUACUCAGCAAUAAUUGUCCAGUACCAAUAGCUAAACCAUUAACGUCAGAGCUUAUCAAUACUUCUGUCUUUUAUAAUUUAGCACCGAUACUGAUAAAGUACAGAGUUUCGGUACCCAUCCCUACAUUUAACGUCUAGUUAAUUUAGAUGUAUGGAAAGAGAAUCAUGAAGCUAAAAUUAGCACAGAUUGAGUGGUGUGUGCAUAUUGCUGUAUUUAAGUAAAAUUAAAUUAAAAUGACAGUGCUAUACAAGUAUAAACUAAUGUUAACAGUGUAUAGUAUAUUUACCUACAUAUUAUUUUUUGCAAAACAUGACAAAUUUGCACGGAUUGCAGGAAUGUUUUUUAAGCGAUAAAGCUCAAAUAUCUGUUAAAUGCCAAAAUAGACAUCUAUAGUACUUUUCUAAUUACGGAUUCACUCUAAAAUCACCCAGAAAAAAAAAGUAUUUAUUCCUUUCAAUGGUGCAUGGGUUAUUUUCU